UGGAGCGACAGGUCUCGGGCCCUCAGGCGGAGCGGCGGGCGCCGGACCCCCAGGUGGAGCGACAGGUCUCGGGCCCCCAGGCGAAGCGGCGGGCACCGAGUCACCAGGCACGACAGUGGGCUCCGAGUCAACUGGCAUGACCGUUGGCACUGGGUCAGACAUUGGAUCGUCUGGCUGGACAGCGGGCAUCGGGUCACCAGGCAUCAGGUCAUUUGGCUCGACAGCAGGCACCGCGUCAUCUGGCAAGGCAGUGGGCUCCGAGUCAACAGGCACGACAGUGGGCACCGGUCAUCAGGUACCGGAUUGUCUGGCUCGACAGCGGGCAUCGGGUCACCAGGUAUGACAGCGGGCACUGGGUCACCAGGCAUCAGGUCAUUUGGCUUGCCAGCGGGCACCACGUCAUCUGGCAAGGCAGUGGGCACCGGGUCAUUUGGCUUGCCAGCGGGCACCGCGUCAUCUGGCAAGGCAGUGGGCACCGGGUCACCAGGCAUUGGAUCGUCUGGCUCGACAGCGGGCAUCGGGUCACCAGGCAUCAGGUCAUUUGGCUCGCCAGCGGGCACCCGCGUCAUCUGGCAAGGCAGUGGGCACCGAGUCACCAGG